GUACAAGAUGCGUGGAUGUUUUGUCAGCGGGGUUGGAAAACGAGUUGUCAGUGGGUGGUCCCGCGUCUUUUGCGGGACUUGUGUUGUCGGAUCCUUACUCAGCUCUGUGAUUUUGCAAUCGAAACCUUUUCGCAGCUCAGGGGUGAGACGGUGCGCUGCCCCGAGGCUCUGUUACCGCCGUCUUUCCUCACCCUGUCACAAACCCAUGUGUCAUUAAACGUACGGGUUGCUAUUCGCAGGACUCUGGGAGUGGUCUUUCAGAGCGAGAACUUCAACUAUAACCGCUACAACGCAAACUACAUGGACCCCUGGUCGUACAUGGAUAACCCAAUGCCCGAGGAGAACCUGGCCAAACCCAGGCUCCACCCGGGAGACGACCUGGCGGCCAUUACCAUGCUUUAUGAACAGUGCAAGAGCCAGAAGGAGCAGAAAGUUCCUGCCUGCAGCCGAAACAGUAGCAUCUUCAAACCAACAGAGAGGACUCCCAGCAAUGAUCUCGUCUCAUUGGAGACGUCGGCCAAUGUCAUGAAGAUCCUUUCCGAGAGCGUUCCCGCCAGCUACUCCCUUGAGGUCUUAGGAUCCAAGCAGAACCCCUCGCUGCCCGUCACCCUGCCCCCCAACGCCGACACCUACGCCACCCUGACCAGCGUGGCGGCGGACAGCGACAAGCAGGACCUCAAUAACAUUUUCGACUCUCUGCUUCAGAAGUGGCCGGAGAGCAGCGCGUUCCCCGACCACAGCGCCGAGACUCUGACCUACAACGAUCCCUUCCCCGAGGACCACUCCAGUCCCGUCUACUCGGGCUCCUACUCUGGCUCCCCGCCGGAGACAUACAGGAGCGAGUUCCAAUUUUCCUUGGGCGCUCCCUCAGCCUCCCCUUACAAAUCCAGCGAGUUACCCAUGGUCUACCUAAAUAAGGGGCAAUUCUAUCCCAUCACUCUGCAGGGAGUGGACAGCAGCGCCUGCAUGACUGCUACCAAAGUCAAGACGGUGGUGAUGGCCGUGUUCGAGAAUGACAAGACGCCCGAGAUGCAGCUUCGCUUUUGGAACCACUGGCACGCACGCCAGCCGACUGUCAAGCAGAGGGUGAUUGACAUCGCGGACUACAAAGAAGUAUUCACCGGCAUUAGCAACAUCGAGGAGGUCGCCUUCAAUGCCCUCUCCUUCAUUUGGAACCCCCAUGAAGAAGCCAAGGUGUUUAUCGGCAUCAACUCGCUAAGCACCGACUUUUCAUCGCAGAAGGGUGUGAAAGGCCUGCCUCUCAACCUGCAGAUCGACACGUAUGACUUCAGCUCGGGGAACAAUCAGCUCAUACACAGAGCCGCCUGCCAAGUCAAGAUUUUCUGCGAUAAGGGGGCUGAGAGGAAGAUGCGUGACGAGGAGAGAAAGAGGACCAAGAGGAGGGGCAAGACGAACAAUGACGCCAGUGCCAAGUCUUUAGUGAGCAGCUCCAUGGGCAGCGACUGUACCUUCUUCCAGACUGUGGAUGACCACAUUACCCAGCCAGUCCUCUUUAUCCCAGAAGCACAUCUGUCCAGCUUACAGCGCAUAACCACGCCCAUGGAAGAGAACGAAAGAAACUCUCUGAAGCGAUUGUACUCGGACAGAGAGCAGAGCAGCUCUCCACCUGGCAAGCAAGCGCGCAGAGACGAUUCCCAAAGAGGUCAGUCAAAGCAACUGUUGUUUUGGUGGUCUCGGAGCCAUCGAGAGGGAGCUCAACGCUUCCGCUUUCUGUUUUCCUUCCCAAAAGUUCUGCUGUACGUGAGGAGAGCCGCCGAGGAGGUUUUCGACGCGCUCAUGCUCAGCACGCCAACGGUGUCGGGCCUACGAGAAGCUAUUUCAGAUAAGUACGGCAUGCAAGAAGACACCAUUGGGAAAAUUUACAAGAAAUGCAAACGAGGAAUUUAUGUCAACAUGGACGACAUCAUUAUCGAACACUAUACCAACCAGUCCGCUUUCCUCAUCGAGAUGUCGGAGGUGGUCAGCGGUCAGUUCCAGGUCACUCUCAUUGAAGUAUGAUGACGCCAUCACGGCGACAUCCCUCAAGCACUUCGCCAUCCGCGAGGAGAAGAACAAAAUAAGCCAGCCAGCUGCGGACUGACCAAAACAAUGAGACACCUGAGCUGACCUUUGAAUUUCAGACGUAAAUAUCUCCAAUUUUGUAAAUAACGCCAUAUCCCAGCCCCCCACCCCCCGCCUCCUUGUUCUUAUUUGUCAAAGCAAUUAUGAUGUUCUACUUGUACAUAUUCGUUUGUAAAUAUGUUUUAUGAUGACAGUGUUUUAUAAAGUACCAUUUUUACAAUUCAAUGUAUUUCAGAUGAACGUGGCGCUCCGUAGCAUGAUUUGCAGUGCGCGCCGGCAAUUUAGCAUGAGCAGAUUGCCAUCGUCGUUCUUUUUUUUUUUUUAAACGUACCCGUCACCAAGGGUGUGUUGUUAUUUUUCUUUUGAGUACAUCACGCAAAAAAAAAAAAAAAAAAAACGAAAAGCCUGCCGAUAGCGUUUCUCAACUGCUACUUCCUCGAAAGGUUUCCCGGCAGUUUCACCACGAAUGAAUUCACAAGCAAACGUCACACAUUUCCCUCCGUCAAACCACACGCAGAGUUAGUAUUGGUCAUCAUUUAGCCCCAAAACUGUGGACAUUUCCUGUUUGUUUGGUGGAGACUGUAGGUCCGUCUUUGGACUUUCAUAGUAUGGAUGUCAUGUUUGUGUUUGUGUUUGUGAACGUGUGUGUGUGUGUGUGUGUGUAUGUGUGCGUGUCAGUGAGUGUGUGUGAGUUUUUUUUGUGCCUUCUCGUAUGUUAUCAUUUCAAAGCAAACAUGUAUCCCUGUAAUAUUUCAUUAUAUAAGCCAAAGGCAAAUGGUUGCAUUAGUCAUAUUUUGCCAAUUGUUUUGUACGAAAAUAAACAAGUGUAUGAGA